AUGGAUUUGGCCACCACUGGAAUGUUUGCCGGUUACAACGAGUCACAAAAACGUUUUGACCCGAACAUCUUGAGCCAACCGGAAAUGUGUACCAACGCUCUCAAUCGUCUCAUAAUGGAAACAGAAGAAGAAGAUUAUCCACGUAUUACCGAAAUGUCCUUCCUAAGCAUUCCUCGUGAUAUAUUUACUCGAGGACAAAAAACUAUCCAGAGCUUAUGUCAAGAGGCUCCAGAUAAGUCAUUUGUUCUUCGGCUGGCUGCAAAUGUUCGAACAUGUCAGGUAAACCCUGAUCUGGGCGAAUUCCAAUGGAAAAUGUACCAGAAUGUCACAGCCAGCGAUAGUGGAGGUAUGCUUAAUCUAUUACUCUUGCAGUUUUCAAAAUUUUGAUU